AUGUCAAACCACUGUGCUUACCUUUGGUUUUGGAGGCGGAUUGCUGGAAUAAUCAUUGCUGUGGCUGUGAUUCUCCUCUUGCUGUGGUAUAGCUUGUCGCCUCCCAGAUUGCCUCACAUCGAGCCGUGUCCUGACGACUGGCUGUAUUAUCGGAAGAAAUGCUAUUAUCUCUCAGAAGAUCAAGCAGACUGGACUUUUAGUCAGAACUUCUGCCUUGCACAUGGAGCUUCCCUUGCGGUGAUUGACAGCAAACAAGAAAUGCAUUUCAUAAUGAAUCGGAUGCGCACAAGAGACUUCUGGAUUGGGCUGUACAAGCAAGAUGAUGAGUACCACUGGCUAAGCGGAGAGGUGCUUGACACGAACCUAUUUUAUAUAAACAUAUCACGUUAUGAAAACUGUGGCCAUACAGCUUCUGCCUCCAUCUCCGCAUCAAAGUGCCGGUUAAAAAAGAAAUGGCUCUGCAGUAUGCCUCAGCUUCAGUCCAGCACACUUUCCCUUUAGGACACAGCUGGAUAUGUAAAUCUGUUUACUGUCUUCACACAUGGAUCUGUGGGUUAGAGUUCACAAUAUGUACACAAAUUAAAAUUCUGGAUCAUGGUGUCAACAGAGAAAACAAAGCCAACAGAGGGGUGGGGGCUCCUGGAUGAACACUCUUCCAUAUCAGUUGGAUAAUCCCAAGAACAACUUUUCCUACUAUAAUGAUGAGGCUAUAGCUACUACUGAGCAGAUAGUAUCAGAGGGUAGUUGUGUUGUAAUGAGAUUAAUUACAGCAGUGAUUAUAGUGAGUGGGAUAAAACACUCAACAUAACAGACCUUAGAUAUUGUCGCCCUAUAAAUAUUUGCUGGUCUAAACCAUAGCCUAACUACAUAUAUGGUGAAAUAGAUGAAAAAAUCCAGGAAAAACAAUCACUUAUCUGAGCCAGCUCUAAAAACACAUUUCUAGACACAGCAUGCUAGCUGUUCAUUCACAAAGAAGAAUCAAAUUUAUUGGAGCACAAAUUCAGCCAUAGAAGACAUGGAAAUCCUCCUUGAGAACUAUGACAUAGAGGUGCAAAAUAAAUGACUUUUUAUAGAAGG